UUUUGACAGUUUCUUAUAUGGAAAACUGUCACUUUACGAAUAGUGGCCAACUUCAAGUGACAUUUGGUUUCUUUCCGGUUGAAUUUUUGACAGAUCAACAACUUAAAAAUGGCCAAACGCACCAAGAAGGUUGGAAUCGUUGGUAAAUAUGGUACCCGUUAUGGUGCCUCCCUACGUAAAAUGGUCAAGAAAAUGGAAGUGACCCAGCACUCCAAAUACACUUGCACCUUCUGCGGCAAGGACUCGAUGAAGCGCGCUUGCGUUGGUAUCUGGUCUUGCAAACGCUGCAAGCGUGUGGUUGCCGGUGGCGCCUGGGUAUAUUCUACCACCGCAGCUGCCUCCGUGCGCUCGGCUGUUCGUCGUUUGCGUGAAACCAAGGAACAGUAAGUUCCGCAAAACAAAUUGAGCUGGAACGUUUUCAGUUCUUUAUGUUUUAAGUAUGUUUAAUUUACUGUGAAAUUUGGCGCGGUUUGCGCUAUACCAGAUUUAUUAUUUGGUGUAUGUGUUGUUUGGCCGCCGGCUUACGGACACGCUUGUUGUACAAGAAAUAAUAGGAAGAAAAUAAAUUAAUUUUUUAAACAAAAAUUAAAAUCAACAA